AUGAGUUGUCAAAACUAUUAUAGUCGAGAUGUAAUUAACCCUGAAUCAUCUACCACAUCAACUUCAACGACAACAUCAACAACGUCAGAACCGAAAUUCAACAAAUGGAAACAAGAUGGUAUCACUGUGGUUGGUUGGAUUACAGAAAAACCAGAAUUAUAUGAACCCAGUUUUCCUGAAGGAAUCUAUAUUGAUAAAAACAAAAAUAUUUUCUUUGCUGAUACUAUGAAUCAUCGCAUUGUUGAAUGGAAACAGAAUAUAAAGGAAGGACAAAUCGUUGCAGGUGGAAAUGGCAAUGGAAAUCGAAUGGAUCAGUUGAAUCGACCAACAGAUGUGAUUGUUGAUGAACAAAACCAUUUCAUCAUCAUUGCUGAUAUGUUUAACGGACGAGUGAUUCAAUGGUUUAAUCAAAAUCAACAAAUUCUCAUUCACAAUAUUGCCUGUUAUGGCUUGGCAAUCGAUAAAUAUGGAUUCCUAUAUGUUUCUGAUAAGGAAAAGCAGGCGGUGAGACGAUGGAAAAUGGGAGAAUAUAACAACGAAGGAACAGUAGUGGCAGGUGGGAAUGGUGUAGGAAAUCAACUCAGUCUACUCAGAAAUCCUACUUUUAUCUUUGUUGAUGAAGAUCAAUCUGUUUAUGUAACAGACAACGCCAAUCAUCGUGUGAUGAAAUGGAGAACAGGUGCACAAGAAGGAAUUGUUGUGGCUGGAAGAAAUGGUCAAGGAGGAAAUCUCAAUCAAUUGUCUGAUCCUCGAGGAGUAAUUGUUGAUGAUUUAGGUCACAUCUAUGUGGCAGAUAGUGGGAAUCAUCGAAUAAUGCGUUGGCGUGAAGGAAAAGAAGAAGGUGAAAUUGUUGUUGGUGGAAAUGGUCCAGGACGUCCACCAAAUCACUUGAAUAAUCCCACUGGUUUAUCUUUCGAUGAUGAAGGAAAUCUUUAUGUUGUUGAUGGCGGAGCUAAUCGAAUUCAAAAAUUUGAAAUAAUUUUGUGA